UCCUGUCAUUCAUAAUCUUCAAUCUUUGAUCAAAUAAAGAUCAAAAUAAGUUAAUCACAAAUUUCAAUUUAUUAAGUAUUGUUAAUAUAUAAUAAUGUAUCCUACAACAGUAAUGCGUAGUUUCCUUCAAUUAAGUCACACUAUAUAUCCAAAAUCAAAUCUACACACAUCGGGAAUCUGUUUUGCCGCUGUAAAGAAAACUUCAGCCGCCGGAGGUGUUAUGGGUCUUGGAAAAGGAAAGAAAAAAGCUGGUAAACUUACAACAAUGGAGAAGAAGGUGUUGCCAGUUGAGACUGACCCGGAAAAACUAGUUAACUAUGUGUGCGGCUCCAAUAUCUAUACCACAGGAGAAGAUAUUAAGUUAAAAGAUGACAGCGAGUACCCUGAAUGGUUGUGGACGCUACGCCUAAAGCCUGUACCUAUAGAAGAGUUGGACCCCAGUACAAAGGAGUACUGGCUGAGGGUCCGAGCUGCUGGCAUGAAGAGAAACAACAAGUUGAGAUCGUUAAGAAAAUUCUAGAAGUGAUACAGUUGUAUGAUGAACUAGUUGUAUUUGUAGAAAUCUUAGUAAGAAAGUUAGUAAAUUUGUAAGUAGGGGUUGAUUCUGAAACGCCAUAAUCUAAAACUAAAAUUUAUGCGAAUAUCCUCAUAUGUCUAAUAUUUCUAUAUAGGAAUAAGACAUUUUAAUCGUCAGUAAGAACUAAUUUUGUCUGGUCUAAUUGGAUAUUAAUCCAAAAAAAGUCACGAUAGUCCAACUGACCUGAUUUUACUAUCUAUAUCCUAUCUGGUCGAUCUCCAUGCGGUUCCCCUUGGAAACUAUCGUGACUAAUUUAUCAUUGAAUUCGUCAUGAUGGGCUAACUGACCUACCUUUUCAUCUCACUGGUACUCCGCCAGUGUAUACCGAUAGCGCAGAUGGGGUUACCAUGCCAUUUUCACUCAUUUAAAAAGAACUGACCUGGUUUCAUCUAUACCUAUCAAUUAUUAGUGCCUCAUAAAUACCCAUGCAGAGCACAAUUUCAUUGUUAUCCAUAUCCAUAUGUUAUAAGAUAUAUUAAGAUAGGUAUUCAGGGUCGGCAACGCGCGCGUAAUGCCUUUGGUGUUGCGGGCGUUCAUGGGCUACGGUAACCGCUUGGCAUCAGGUGGGCCGUAUGCUUGUUUGCCACCUCAGUGGUAUAAAAAAAUAUUAAGAUAAUAAUUUAAAAGACAUAUUUAGAGGAUGACCUUAGAAUCAAUUCCAUUGUACAAUAAUUAUGAAAUAGGAUAAACUAAUAGAUUCUUACUAUCGAAUGUCACAUCGCAGAAGUAACUACAGUGUCGCCACCUAUCAGUUGUGGCCGUCGUUAAAAAGAUAUAAUUUUAGCUCAGUAUACAUACAUACAUACAUAUCUGUCACGCCUGUCUCCCAUUAGGGUAGGCAGAAACAAUGGAACGCCAAAUGCUUCGAUUCAAACAAACCUCUUUAGCUCAGUAUAAUUGUUAUAAUUAUAUUAUAAUUGUUGUUAGAUGAUAAUAUAAUGUUUCUAUUGCAUAUAA